AACAGAAUAAAGAUGGAGAACUACCAGUACGCUGUGUUUUUUGAGGCAAGGAGUCUUUCAGAUGAGGAGCUAAGACAAAUACAAAAGUACUUUAGAAUUAGGAAAAAAUCUGGAGGGGGAGACUGUGAGAUCGACAAAGUGGGAAACAACACCUACAAGAUAGGUUUUAUGAGUGAAGCAGCCCAGGUAAGAGUACUAGACAAAAAGGAUCAUGUCAUCAGUAUAGAAGGACAAGAGGAGAUCCACGUUUCAUUAAGGCGUGAAAACGUUACUGAAACCAGCAAACAACCUACAGCAUCUGCAAAUCAGAAAUAUGCAAGUGCUAAGAGUGUGGAAAAGGUUUUUAAACUGGAUCAUUAUCUACUACUCUUCCUCAGUGAAUGUAAAAAGGCACAUUCAGACUUAGAGAAACAACUCUCUGUGAUCUCUAGCACCUUUGAGAUAAAAAUGUUAAUGUCUGGUGACAUUGAGUCUGAUGAGUUGGUGGUGAGGAGGGAUCCGGCAGCUAAUGUCGUUUGUCCCCUGGAGAAAUGGGAAUUUCAGGUGGACCAAGUGAUUGAGAAACUAAACUCACAGUAUACCUUACACUUUGAGGUUGAAAGUGACAAAUCUGCGAUUUUGCAACAAAACUCUUUCCUCGAAAGUGACAACCUAAAAAUCUUUUAUGAAAAACUGACAAGUCUAGCUGUGGUGGUUGGGGAACAAAAACAAGUGGAGAAGAUGUUAAAUUUUGUAAGCGGCUUGCAGAACAAACAGCAGAUUCAGCAAGAGUGUUGCGUAUCUGAGAAGCAAUUUGACCUCAUCAAAGAGCAGUUUGAGUCAUACGCAGAAGCAAAUUUACCGGCACUUAAGAUCACACAGGAACGUGCAGGUGUUCUCCUUCUGAAGGGUCCCGAGAAAGAGGUCCAUGCAGGUGAACAAAAGCUUUUCAAAUUAGCAGAAGGAAUCAAAGAGAAGAGGAUCCCAUCACAUCGCACUCUUAUAACCUUUUUGGAAUCAAGUGGUUGUAUACAGCAUUUCCAAAACCGAUUUCAGCAGAGACUCUGCAGCCCAGUUAUGCUUGAGACUUCAAAUUCAGGUCUUCUUCUCUUGAGUCUGUCUGAUGGAGCGCUAGAGGAGGCGGCCGCUGCCGUGCAGAGAGACGUGUUUUUAGAGACUGUGCGCCUGGAAAACACUCAUAAAUCAUCUGCGUUUACUAAACUGAAAGACGAUUUGAGUGAAGCUGUCAAGCAGGCCAAUCGUGAAAGUGUUAAAGUGGAGCUUAAAUACCAGGAUGAAUCCAGUUCUGAUGCCAAAGUGCAACUGGUGGGCUACACUACUGAAGUCAGUAAGCUGAAGGACAUUGUGCUGGAAUAUAAAAGAAACCAUCAGAACCAUCAUGCCUACCUGCCUCUUCCCAGACCAGAAAUGGCAGAGCACUUCCCUAAGAUCUUGGCAAUGGCUGGUAUGAAGAAGAGCAGUGUAAAUAUAAAGCCAACAUGUUUGCCUUCCCCAUGCGUUCACCUCACGGGACCUCGCUGUGAAGUUGAGAGUUUGAAGGACAGUCUUGAGUCAUUUAUUCAGAGUCUGGCCACUAAAGAAUGUGAGGUGAAAGGACCUGGAGCUCAACAGUUUUUUCAAAGUGAAGGUGCAGAGACUUUGAAAUUAAUGACAAAUUCUGGUUCAGUUUUGAUACUGCCAAUCAAUGAGGAACAUAAAAUGUCCCAAAGAGGUAAAAUACCCAAAUACACCAGCACUCUCAGUCUCCACAACUUUCCAUUUACUGCAUCUUCCCGAGACUCUCUGGACUCUCUGGAUUCAGUGGUCUCAAUGGACUCAACGGACUCACUGGACAAUGAGAUAAACAUCAAAGUUGCCAUUGGAAGUCUUGAGCAACAACAGGCAGAUGUGUUUGUUGCUCCGAUGAUCCAAACAAACAUGACCUCAACCUUGAUUGGAUCAUCCCUGUUGAAUAAAGGAGGACAGCAACUUCAAAAUAACUUCAACAAUGCCAAGGGACGUCACACUCUUAAACCUGGAGACGUGUUGGAGGUGGAUGCGACACGAGCAUUGGGAUGCUCCAAGGUUUUCUUCAUAGAAUGUGCGCCAAAAGGAAAUAAGCACAUCAGUGAAAAAGCACUUAGUUCUGGACUUGGCCGAGUUUUUCAGCUAUGUGAGCAGAACUCUUUGGGUUCGGUUGCAUUGCCAGUACUUGGACCCGGCAUAGUGCUGUCAAUACCGGUCAAAGAUGCCGUUAAUAUUCUUACUACUGAGAUCUGCAAAUUUUUAUCUGGACCCACUGGUCAACUGCACACCAUUUGUAUCCCAAUAAUGCCUAAUUACCCUACUUCUGAAGAGAUGUUCCAGACAGUCCAUGGUAAUCUGAGUGCAAAAAUGGUGGACAACACAGGACAAGCUCUGUUUCAGUCACUGACCUCUGACCUUGAUGAGAUCAUCAUGAUAGUAGAUGGGAUUGAAGUCCAUCUAGUGUUUGGAGACAUCACUAAUGAGACUACUGAUGCUGUUGUGAACACCACUGACUUUAAGGACUUCCAGACAGCUGGAGUGUGUAAGGACAUCCUUACUAAGGCAGGCCCUCAAAUUCAAGCUCAGCUAACAGUGGCUCAGGUAGCGAGCGGGCAGAUCUUCACAACCCCGCCAGGAGGUUUCCCCUGUAGGACUAUCAUGCAUGUUUGUGGACAGAGGGAUCCUGGUGUUAUCAAGACCUUGGCAAAAAAAAUAGUGGUUCAGUGUGAGCAGGGCCGUUACAGGUCUGUGGCCAUUCCUGCGAUCUGCGCUGGACAAGGAGGUCUGGACCCCAGUGUGGUGGCCAAGUCCAUUCUAGAGGGACUAAAGGAAGGUAUACAAGGAGCGAAUCUUCAACAUCUCAAAAAUAUUCGAAUCAUUCUGCUGAAGAUUAACGUUUUCCUGGAAUUUAAAGCAACGGCACUGCAAAUUUUUGGUGUUAGUUCACUGCUGACAGCACCUGCACCACUUGUACCUACCAGUGCAACCAGAAGAGGGCGGAGUGCAACCACUAGUGGACACUGGGCUUCAACCAGAAUGAGCAGAUCACAUUCCUUACCGGGCAAUAUUGACUUGAAUUCACUAGUAACAUCUUUGCCUGACACAGAGAGCAAAGCAGCAUUUUUAAUCAUAGGUUACUCUAAUGCUGAAGUGUCUGAUGCCUGUAGAGAACUUAAGCGGGCAUAUGACAACCAGUGCUCCACGCAAACUUUCUCUCCUUAUGAGGUCAGAUGUCUCACUCAGGAUGCGAUGAACCAGCUGCUCUCUACAGUGGAUUUACUGCACCUGCAGUUAGAAACGAACAAUUCUGAAGAAUUGGUAGUAAAAGGACUGAAGGAUGGAGUGAAUGAGGUGGUUAAACUGACAAAAGAUGCAGUUCUCAGACAGUCAAGAGAGAAGGACGAGGACCUCCUCUUCGCUAAAGUCACAUGGUGCGUUCUGGGACUACAUGGCGUUUGGCAGAAGGUUCCAAAAGACUUGAAUUACAAGCUUGAGAAGAAAGAUGUGAAAGAUGGAUUUGUGGAUGCACAGGGUGUGAAAUGGACUGUGGAUUUGCAAAAGAUGGAGGCCACAUCAUGUGAUUCAGGACAGGUGACCGCUCUCAAACGACUGGAGAACCUUUCAGAUUUUGCUUUGCCAAUCUACUGGGACAACAUGAGUCAAAGUGACUCCUUGAAGGUGAUUGACCUAGAUCAGUCAUCUGCAGAAUACAAGACCGUGAAGGCGGACUUCAAGAAGACAGUCAAAAAAACAGUGCUGAAGAUUCAGCGCAUCCAGAACAUUAAUCUUCGGCGGUUAUACGAGGUGCGUAAAAAAGAACUGGAGAACAAAAAUGGCUCUGUGGGAGCAGCAGAGAAGAUCCUUUAUCACGGCACAUCAGAGGCGUCCUGCUCAGCCAUCAUGAAGACAAAUUUCAACCGCAGUCUUGCUGGGCAAAAUGCCACCCUUUACGGUCAUGGGACGUACUUUGCUGUGCAUGCCAGCUACUCUGCCAAUCCGACCUACGCGGUUCCUGCAGCAGACGGGACUCAGUGCAUGUUUGUGGCUCGUGUGCUUACAGGGGACCACGCUUUGGGUCAGAUGGACAUUAAAACGCCCCCUGUUCGUGUGGCACCUGACCACCUCUAUGACAGUGUGGUGGAUAAUAUGCAGAAUCCCUCCAUGUUUGUGGUUUUCCACGACUGCCAGGCUUAUCCAGACUACCUCAUCACAUUCAAAUGAACUAAAACAAACACCAACCCUGGUUUGAGAUCUAGAUGAUUUAUAAAGAGUGAUUAGUUGAUUUUACAUUUAAAUAUAAUCAUUUAGGAAAUAUUCUUAUUCAGAGGGUUUGAUUUAGUUACCACAUACCUUUUUAUGCCUUAUGCCACAACUAACUAGUAUGCAGUGGAUAUGAGUGUUUUAGUGACCAAUAUAAUUCAGGUUAUGCAAAUUAAUGAUAGCAAAAAAUAAGUAAAUAAAAUAAAAAGAAUGUUUACGAAAUCGUGAAAUUCACAAGAACGUAUAAGCAGAAAAUGUGCAAUAUCAUUUAACAAAGCUGUCUGUGGAUUAUAGAACAGUGAAAUACUCCUGUGAGUCGCAGGUUGUUAUAGAUGGAAAAAGAUUCAUCUGUCGCUUGUCCAAACCACAGAAGUGACAUGUACAUAUGUUAUUUAGCUUUAGGGUGACUGAUUCAUCACUCCACAAUAAAAAACGGGUUUUGAAAUGUGUUUUUGACAUAUUCCCACUCUUCAUUCUCAGUUCUCAUGUCCACUUCAGGCUCCUUGCUAUCUUGAAGAAACUAUUUGAUGUUGUUUUGGAUCAAAAAAGUUUGCUCAAUUUACAGACACAGCAAUGCAAUUUUUUCAAAAUGUGCUUCAGAGAAGCUUAUGAACCCAUAAAAACUGUCUAUAACUUCCAAAUACAGAUGUUCUUUUCUUGUCGUAAUUUCUAAAUCUAUCUAAAAUCCAUUUCUAAAUCCAUUCAAAAUCCAUCUCACAGACAUCGUUGUGAUGUUUGCAUAAUGAAUUGUGAUUGGUUUUUGGUUUCCUAUUCUCAUAUGGUUUUUGGUUUCCUAUUCACAUCACAAGCAAGUGUUAUUGUACAUGUCUACUACAACAAUAAAAUUAUUUUUUAACAAUAACGACUAAAUGGGUUGAGGUGUUAAAGACAGUAGUUUAAACAAAAAUCAUAAUUCUGUCAUAUUUACUCACCACUUGUCAUAUGCUGUUAACUUCUGUCAGUCAAGCACCAUUAAAAGUAGUCCACGUGUGCAUUAUUCCAAUUCUGUCUAAGUUAUAUGAUGUGUGUGACAAACAGGGCUAAAGUUAUUCACUGAAAAUCUUUCCUAUCAUGGCAUAAUAGAGCUUAGUUUUAGGAUUAGAGGCCAUACUGAAUUUUACAUGGAUUGAACCAAGGUAGCGAAGCUUAUAGACUUAAAAUGCCACGCACUGUAUUAAAGUCUUAGAUCAUGUCAUUUUCACAAUUGUUUAUGGAAUUUUUGUUUACUGAAAUCCUUACGAAAAGAAAAUUUGUUAGCUGAACAAUUGGUAUAGUACAACAGUACGAUUGUAACAUUUAUGUCUGUUUAUGUCUUUUGGUUUCUCCCAUUGUCUCCCCCCGUCGAUCUGUCUGUUUUGGUUUACCCUCAUUACCGUCAUCCCCUACACCUGUGUUUGUAAUUAGUCUCUCACUUUAUAAGUCUGCUUGUGUUUUGAGUUUGCUGUCGGUCCUUAACGUUAUUUGAAAGUGUGUUCCUGCCUCGUUGUGUUCCUG